GGUGCCGAGAAGGAGAUGAUUGUAGAAGAGCCCUCCCUCUCCAGAAGAGCAACGUGCUUUGAAUGAGGCUUCCCAGCCUCUUCCACUCCGUCUCACACACUCUGUCACUCUGCCUCUCGGUUGUGCACACUGUUGGUAUGCGACCUCGGAGGCGACUGCUCCGCCACCUCUGCCUGGGGAGCCGCUGACAGCCAGCGAUUGAGCCAGCCCCCCUUCCAUUUUUUUUUUCCCCUGCUUUUGCAAACACACACGCACACCCCCAAAGCACAUUUAAUGCUGAUCCACUCAGGCGCCAUUAUCGGGGGUACGUCUUCGUGGAGUGUUUUGGUUCUUUUUUUUCCCUUCUUUUUUUUUUUCUUCUUUUUUUUUUUUUUUUUCUUUCCAACACUGGAUGGUGCAGCGUUCCCGGGGCCUGUGGUGUUACGGCUCGAUUGCGUUUUAUUAUUUAUUUAUCUGUCUUCUUUCCUCUUCCCCCUAUCACUCCCCCCCCCCCUCCUUGCUCUCUCGAUCCCCCCGCUUCUCUCCGGGUGCCGGUGCAGAGGACCGGGGAGCAGGAGCCUUCCCUCUCCCUUCCACUGAUGUGGGACUGAGCCUCGCCCGCGUGUAGCAUGCUGUAGCCAAAAAAGAAGAGAGGAGGGGGAGAGGAAAAAAAGAGAGAGGGAGAAGCGUCUCUCUUUCCCUCCCCCUCGUUUCCCGCGGAUUGACUUCAUGGCUUCGCUGUACCAGCGGUUCAGCGGGAAGAUCAACACCUCCCGCUCUUUCCCCGUGCCCCCCGAAGCGAGUCACCUCCUGGGCGCCCAGAGCAGCGAGGAGGACGGCGCUGCCGGCAAGACCUCGCGUCCAUUGCAACAGGAAAGCAGCCGGCCCCGCUUCCAGUACCAGCCGCGAAGUGACUGCGAGGAGGAGGAUGAGCUGGUGGGGAGUAAUCCUCCUCAAAGAAACUGGAAAGGAAUUGCAAUUGCCUUACUUGUUAUUCUCGUUAUCUGCUCCCUGAUUGUCACCUCUGUUAUACUCCUGACACCAGUUGAAGAUAACAGCUUGUCUCAGAAGAAGAAGAUAACAGUGGAAGAUCUCUUCAGCGAUGAUUUCAAAAUUCAUGACCCAGAGGCUAAAUGGAUAACUGAUAAUGAAUUCAUUUAUAGAAACCAGAAUGGCACAGUGAUUCUGAGGAAUGUCGAAACCAACAAUUCAACAAUAUUAAUAGAAAACAAAAAAAUUGUCUCCUUAAAGGCUAUUCGAUAUGAAGUGUCACCUGACCGGGAAUAUGCACUUUUUGCUUUUAAUGUUGAACCAGUGUAUCAGCAUUCAUAUACGGCAUAUUAUGUCCUCAGCAAAAUACCUCAUGGGGAUCCCCAGAAUUUGUUUCCCCCUGAGGUCAGCAAUGCAAAGCUUCAGUAUGCUGGUUGGGGUCCAAAAGGGCAACAGCUGAUAUUUAUCUUUGAGAAUAACAUCUAUUACUGUGCCCAUGUGGGGAAACAAGCCAUCCGAGUGGUCUCCACAGGAAAGGAAGGUGUUAUUUUCAAUGGGCUCAGCGACUGGCUGUACGAAGAGGAGAUCUUGAAGACUCAUAUUGCUCAUUGGUGGUCUCCUGAUGGCACCAGGUUAGCAUAUGCAACAAUUAAUGCCUCCAGAGUCCCCACCAUGGAGAUCCCGGUAUACACUGGCAGCCUUUACCCUACUGUUAAAACAUAUCAUUACCCAAAGGCUGGAAUGGAAAAUCCAACUAUUUCUUUGCAUGUGAUUGGCCUGAACGGACCUACCCAUGACUUGGAAAUGACUCCCCCCGACGAUCAGAGAAUGAGGGACUACUACAUAACCAUGGUGAAAUGGGCAACCAGCACCAAGGUGGCAGUAAACUGGCUGAACAGGGCCCAGAACGUGUCUAUCCUGACGCUGUGCGAUGCCACCACGGGAGUCUGCACAAAGAAACAUGAAGAUGAAAGUGAAGGCUGGCUGCACAGACAGAAUGAAGAACCAAUUUUUUCCAAGGAUGGUCGGAAGUUUUUCUUCGUCCGAGCCAUUCCCCAGGGAGGACGUGGGAGGUUCUACCACAUCGCCAUGUCAUCAUCACAGCCCAAUACUAGCAGUGAUCACUUACAGUCUAUUACGUCUGGCGAUUGGGAUGUGACAAAGAUAUUGGCUUACGACGAAAAGAGGCAUGUAAUUUAUUUCCACAGCACAGAAGAUUUGCCAAGAAGGCGACAUUUAUACAGCGCAAGCACAAAUGGCAACUUCAACAGGCGGUGUCUGUCUUGUGAUCUGAUUGAAAAUUGCACUUAUUUCAGCGCAUCCUUCAGUCACAAUCUGGAAUACUUCCUACUGACGUGUGAAGGUCCCCGAGUCCCGAUGGUGACUGUUCACAACACAACCAGUGCACAGAAAAUUUUUGAGCUGGAGGUAAAUGAAAAUGUGCAGCUGACUGUAAAUGACAGGCAAAUGCCUAAGGUAGAAUACAUGGAAAUCAAGAUAGACGAUUACAAGUUGCCAAUGCAAAUCUUAAAGCCAGCAACCUUUUCAGACACCGCGCACUACCCCUUGCUUUUGGUUGUAGAUGGGACGCCUGGCAGCCAGAUCGUAACGGAGAGAUUUGAGGUGACGUGGGAAAGCGUCAUGGUCAGCUCUCACAACGCCAUCGUGCUGAAGUUCGACGGCCGCGGGAGUGGCUUCCAAGGCACUAAGCUGUUGCAUGAGGUUAAGAGGAGGCUGGGCCUUUUGGAAGAGAAGGAUCAGUUGGAAGCUGUCCGGACAAUGCUGAAGGAGCAUUACAUUGAUAAAAUGCGAGUCGGUGUGUUUGGGAAGGAUUACGGCGGCUACCUGAGCACUUACAUGCUUCCAGCCGGUGAAGAGAACCAGGUGUUCGCCUGUGGAGCUGCUCUUUCCCCACUGACAGACUUCAAACUAUAUGCUUCAGCCUUUUCUGAAAGAUACUUGGGCUUGCAUGGAAUUGAUAACAGAGCAUACGAGAUCACCAAAUUAGCACACAGAGUCUCAUUACUGAAGGAACAGACAUUUUUGAUCAUUCAUGCUACCGCUGAUGAAAAAAUCCAUUUUCAGCAUACUGCGGACCUUAUCACACACCUAAUUAGGGCAAAGGCUAAUUACAGCUUGCAGAUUUACCCCGAUGAAAGCCAUUACUUUAGCAAUGAAGCAUUGGAGCAGCAUUUGUACAACUCCAUCGUCAACUUCUUUGUAGCGUGUUUCCAAGUUCAGGACAAACUCCCGAUAGCUCCACUGAAAGAGGAGGAGGACGACGAUUAACCCUACUUGUCCAUGCUAAGCACAAGGCAGAUCUCUCUAACAAUAUGCAACUGGAUCAUUUUCCUGAAGACAGAGAUGUCACGUUGUUAGCAUGUAUUUAAAGAAAACUGAAAGCAGCUCAUCUGCUUUACUUGGCAGCAACUCCUUCCUAGAUGGAAGAACAUUAAGCAUGGUGAACUCAGCAGAAACUGCUGUCUGAAAUUAAUCCAUCACAACCAACAUACUCUUUUUCUUUCUUUUUCUUCCCUUUUUUUCUUUCGUGUUUUGUUUGCCACAAAGUGACUUCUAGCGUGAAAGUGGCAAGACAUUGAACUUCAAGGAACACCCCAAGAAACCGCUUUGAGGACUGGAAGAUUUAAUGUCUCUUUGCAUUCAAGCAAUCAAGCAGUAGCAGUGAAAUCCGUCAUCCAUAUUAAGGUUACUAUACUUAGCAUCACACUGUGUCAGAAAAUUCUAACCUAAUACAUGGAAAAGAUUAUAGCACAAUUAUUUUAAAGGAUACUGAUUCAUACAUACUUGCCUGCUCUUUCCCAUGUUCAGAAGGUUUCUCAUUGCUACACAAAUUCAAUUGUACAAAAUAUUGCUGUAGUUACACUGAUCUUUACCUUCCUGUAAUCAUUUCUUAAUUUUGCAUAGCUUUUACUUCUGUUUUCAUUGGGUCUUAUGCUUCCCUUAUCAGCUUCUCAGCUUGUUCCGUAUGGGGAAAAAACAUACACUGAAUUAACCAACUCACUUUAGACCUUAGGGGUCUAAAGAGGCAAUGGGGGUCAAGGUAGCCAGACAUUAAAAAAUCUGUUAGACUAAAGCAAAGGAAAUCUCACUCUCAUGUUCCCAGCAUAGCCUUUGCCUGCAAGAUUGAGUAUUUUCUUUGGCAAAUCAGCUUAACAUUGAGAUAUUUUUAUUGUACUACAGAAAAAUAUGUGAUGGUCACAAUUGUUGGGGUUUUUUUUCUUUUAGUGUUGGAACAAGUGGUUGGCAGCCUGUUGGGAAAAGGCUAGAUGAGGCUAUGCUAGCAGGAAUUUGUACCAGAGACUUCGCAGAUCAUCUCAUAAAGCCAUUUAAACAGAACCAAUGUGCAGAGAUCUAUUGCACAUGCUGUCUGCAGCUUAGUUUUAUUCCAGGUCAAUGAUUGACACAUUCCAAACACAUUUAAUUAUCUCUUCUGCUCACACUAGCAUAAAAGAAAAAAAAUGGGAGCAUUUUUCUUUAAAAUAUCUAACACUUCAUUAUAGCAGUGCAAAGCAACUUUUAAAACUUCUUGUGAAAACAUUCAACUCCCAGAAAGAAAUCCAAUGUUCAUUCACUUCUACUUACCAUGUCAUAAGAAUUUGGACUAGUGUCACUCCUUGUAAAAUAUUCUGACCAAAUGUACAGCCAGUAUUAAUACUGUAUAUUUCAUUUUGUUGUAUAUAAAGGAAUGUAAGUCAGUUAUUCGUCAGGUCCCCGAUCCAAUAUUAGUCUUGUGUUCAGCAUGCAUGCGGUUAACACUUCUUUGCUGGUCAGGACUCUUUAGAAGUACUAGCUUGGAAAUAUAACAAUUAAUGUAAUUUCUUUUCUUGUUUUGACAGCUUGAAUGUCAAUGCCGGUUUCUACUUUUUGCAUAGUACUGUGGGUAAACUCACAUCCUGACAGCAAUGAUGAUGUUUCCAUUGUGUUCUUUAGUGUGUCUUUUUUAUUCCCAUUAUUUUAAGCUUUGAAUGUUGGUUGUACUUUGACCAUCAUGAAAAAAUAUAUUGAUAAACUACAGAAAUGACCUAGUUUGGUUUUGAUUAUCUUCUUUAAUUUACAGUGCAUCAACAUUGUGUGAACAAGAACUACGGUAUAAAUCUGCUUUAUCCGGCAAAAUGCCAAAUAGACAAUAAGAAUGCUGCGUGUCCAGAUUUUGCUACACCGAACAGGCUCAGAAGCCUGAAAUGAACUUGACCUGAGAAAUGUAAAAAUCUGCUCUGUCCACAAUCUUUUGUAGAAAGAACUUUAGGAUGUGGCAUGGUAGUGUUUGUUCAUUCAUGGAAUAAAACAUUAUUUUACCACC